ACGGGACUGACUGCCUGGCCGGUCCCGGGAGGCCGGUGCGGCUGGGGAAGCGGUCCCGGGGCGGUGUGGUCCGGGAAAACACCACGGAUCCUUGCGGCUGCGGCCGGGCUAUUGUGCGGAUCGGACCGGAACCAGCCGACUCCGCUCUGGCCUCGCACCGCGGCGCCCCCUCCAGUGUAUGUGUGGUAACAACAUGUCUGUUCCGCUGCUCACCGAGGCUGUGACCGUGUCGGGGACGGAGAGGGAGACCGCCGCGGUGAUCUUCCUCCACGGGCUGGGAGACACAGGGCAUGGAUGGGCAGAUGCCAUGACCUCCAUCAGGCUGCCCUAUGUGAAGUACAUCUGUCCCCACGCGCCCAGAAUCCCAGUCACUCUCAACAUGAAGAUGGUGAUGCCUUCUUGGUUCGACCUGAUGGGGCUGAGCCCAGAGUCCCCAGAAGAUGAAGCUGGAAUCAAGAAGGCGGCUGAGAACAUCAAGGCCCUGAUUGACCAUGAGGUUAAGAACGGGAUCCCAGCUCACCGCGUGAUGCUGGGGGGGUUCUCUCAGGGCGGCGCCCUGUCUCUCUACACGGCUCUGACCUGUCAGUUCAAGCUGGCCGGGGUCGUGGCGCUGAGCUGCUGGCUGCCUCUGCACAGGAGCUUCCCUCAGGCCGCCAGCAGCAGCGCCAACAAGGACACCCCGAUCCUGCAGUGCCAUGGGGAGAUGGACCCCAUGAUCCCGGUGCAGUUUGGUGCUCUAACGGCUGAGAAGCUCAAGAGCAUCGUCUCUCCGCAGAAGAUCUCCUUCCACACAUUCCCUGGACUCAUGCACAGCUCCUGUCCGCAGGAGAUGUCGGCAGUGAAGGAGUUCAUCGAGAAGCAGCUUCCCCGGAUCUGACCUCAGCUGUGACCCUGGACAGCGGCCUCUCACCUCUGACUGCUGACCCGCCAUCCCUGACUUGAAACAGCCAAGAAUGCCCCCCGCCCGCCCCUCCCCCCCCCGAACCCAUGCGCUGUACGCACACACCCCGCCCUGUCCUGUCUUUGAGGGGUUCCCACUGACUGUCCCCCCCCUCCCUGCUCCGCCCUCCAGAACCCCUGUGCCCCCUCUGUCUCUAUCACUGUGUUCGAGUCUGCAGACCACUGUGACUUCGCCCCGGCGGUGAGGGGGCCCAGCCCGGCCCUGGAGCCCAACAGCGACAGACAGGCCCUCUGCAGAGGGGCGUCAGAGUCUGGGUGUGCCCACCGGGAGGUGCUGUCCCCAGCUGACUGCGGGCGCCCUUCCUGAAACAGACCGCUGGGCUUGGCCUGUCCCGUCUUUCGUUUCGUUUUUUCUAAACAAGGAAGCAACACCUUUUUUUUCCAAACACAGAUGUACUGUAUAUCUUUCAGAAAGCUGCGGUUUUGUUUUUUGGUCGUGUGAGGAGUUUUGUUUUUUGGUUUUUAAAUGUGUGCUGCCCCCCCCCCCCAAUGGGCCUUCCCCUCGUGGCUUGCCUGCAGGGUCAAAGAUCAAAGGUCACCUUGCACUCUACUGUCAUCCCAACUCUUUGAUAACACACUUACACUUUGUAAUAAAAGUGAAUAACUGAAUUAACAAUCAAACCUUUUUAAAUAUAUAUAUAUAGAAAGUACAAAGAGAACAGAAAUAAUUGAAGACCUGUUAGUUGCAGAGGAGUAGAGCUGGGAAUCCAGACGCCUCUAGGCAGCAGGUGUCUCUUUGUGCUGUCGGCUCUUAUUUUGAUCCCAGGUGAACUUGAGUUCGGUUCUGCUCUGGGCCUCUUGAAUGUGAUGGUUGUGUGAGAGAGGAGCAGGGGCUCCCAGCCUCAGCGCGUCUCUCUCUUCCCCUCUGUCCUCUCGGCCACGAACUGCGACCCCAACUCCGCCUGCAGCCUGGGUGUCUGUCUGCAGAGCCGGGGGGCUGCGAGUUUCCCCGUUUGUGUGGAGAGGGAGGGGUGCAGUGGGGUGUGGGGAGGGGCUUAUCAGACAGAGGAGGACUGACAGGCCAGUGCUGUUGUCUUGGAAACUCCCUGAUCCCAAACCCUUGGCGCGCCCCUCCUCCUGCUCCCUCGUGCGAGUCGGAUCUCCAGUCUGCUCCGUGCUGGAGGGCCCUGAGCAGCACUGGUGUGGUUCUGGCCCGUCUCCUCGCUUGUCGGGUUUUUGUUUGCUCUGGGAGCUGGGAAGGUGUGGGAUUUGUCCUGUGUCGGUGGACAGGAGGAGAUGGGUCUGAUGGACAGGGGCAGCCCAUUGUGUGCUUUGCAGCAUUUUUUAGUUUCUUUUUUGUUGACAGACACCUGUAUGUGAAAUAAAAAAUCCCCCAAAAUCA